AUGGUCGAGAACAGGAGGCGCAGACGUAACGCUGAGGAUGACGGGGACCGCGACGGGGACGUGGUGAGUUCUGGGGAGGAGGGUGGCGCGAUGCCGCCGUCUUCGCCUCAACACCGGGCGAACAUGCGGUCAUCGCCCAUUGGGUCUCCAGGGGAGAUGGUAAACCCUGAAGGGGAGGAUGACGAGCUAAGCGACGUGCCGGACAUUGACGAUGCGGAGGAACAGAUGGACGAGGUGGAUCUGGUCGGGGACGACAUGUACCGGGACUAUGCCGUGGAUCCCGAGAAGGACAGGUACGACGCUGGUCAGGUGGAUGAUAGCGAGCAACGGGAGUUGUCCUUGAGCGAGAGGCGGAGAAUUGACUCGCAGUUGAACGAGCGGGACAGGCUUUUGAAAAAUGCGGCGUACAUGGACGACGAUGAGGGGGGGGGUGAGGACGACCGACUUGACGCGAUGGGGUUGCCCGUUCAACGGCGCAGGCGGCGCAGGCAGUACGAGGAUUUGGAACACAGCGACGAGGACCUGCUAAGCGAUCUCGAUAUUGACCCAAUGAUGGAGGAGUUGACGCUCGAGUCGCUGAGCAACGUCAAAGCCAACAGUUACUCAGAGUGGAUUACGCAGCCGAACGUCUCCAGAACGAUAGCACGUGAGUUGAAGUCUUUUUUGUUGGAGUACACUGAUGAAACUGGGAGGUCUGUGUACGGUGCCCGGAUUAGGACGCUCGGUGAAAUGAACUCCGAAGCGCUCGAGGUAAAUUAUAGACACCUUGCUGAAUCGAAGGCCAUUCUGGCACUAUUCUUGGCAAAGUGCCCUGAGGAGAUGCUCAAGAUCUUCGACUUGGUCGCCAUGGAGGCGACAGAACUGCACUACCCAGACUACGCUCGGAUCCACUCCGAGAUUCACGUCAGGAUUUCAGAUUUCCCGACAAUCCACAACUUGAGAGAACUCCGUGAAAACAACUUGGGCUCGCUCGUGCGUGUGACAGGUGUCGUUACGAGAAGAACUGGUGUCUUCCCGCAAUUGAAGUACGUGAAGUUUAACUGUCUCAAGUGUGGGGCCAUUUUGGGGCCCUUCUUCCAGGAUUCUAACGAAGAGAUUAGAAUCUCUUUCUGUACCAACUGUAGGUCGAAGGGACCCUUUACCGUGAAUGGAGAAAAGACAGUGUACAGAAAUUACCAGAGGGUAACUCUUCAAGAGGCACCCGGUACCGUCCCAGCGGGGCGUUUGCCAAGACACAGGGAAGUCAUACUUUUGUCUGAGCUAGUCGACGUCGCUAAACCCGGUGAGGAGGUGGAGGUCACGGGUGUGUACAAAAACAACUACGAUGGUGGUUUAAACGCCAAGAACGGGUUCCCAGUGUUUGCCACAAUUAUUGAAGCCAACUCAGUAAAGAGAAGAGAGGGGAACUUGUCCAACCCGGACGAAGAGGGUCUGGACGUGUUCGGAUGGACGGAAGAGGAGGAACGUGAAUUCAGGAAGCUUUCGAGGGAUCGCGGUGUCAUUGACAAGAUCAUCUCAUCCAUCGCUCCUUCGAUCUACGGUCACAGAGACAUCAAAGUGGCCAUCGCGUGUUCGUUAUUUGGCGGGGUCCCCAAAAAUAUCAACGGUAAACACUCCAUUCGUGGUGACAUCAACGUUUUGCUGCUCGGUGAUCCAGGUACAGCCAAAUCCCAGAUCUUGAAGUACGUGGAGAAAACUGCGCACAGAGCUGUGUUUGCUACGGGUCAAGGUGCAUCCGCAGUCGGGUUGACCGCUUCGGUACGAAAGGACCCGAUUACUAGAGAGUGGACUCUAGAAGGUGGUGCAUUGGUUUUAGCAGAUAAAGGUGUCUGUUUGAUAGAUGAAUUUGAUAAAAUGAACGAUCAGGAUAGAACCUCCAUCCAUGAAGCGAUGGAACAGCAGAGUAUAUCCAUUUCCAAGGCAGGUAUUGUAACCACUUUACAGGCUCGUUGCUCUAUCAUUGCCGCGGCCAAUCCAAACGGUGGUCGUUACAAUUCCACUUUACCGCUGGCUCAAAACGUUGGCUUGACGGAACCGAUCCUAUCCAGAUUCGACAUUUUGUGUGUUGUUAGAGAUUUGGUCGAUGAAGAAGCAGAUGAAAGACUGGCUACUUUUGUGGUAGAUUCGCAUUUCAGAUCCCAUCCAGAAAACGACGUUGAUUAUAUAAACGGGGAAGCCGAGAAUACCGCGGAGAACGUGACUGGUGAGGACGGACAAGCUUCUGCUGUAUCUGCGAGACAGAGGAAACAGCAAAGACAAAGGAAAAAGGAGGAAGAAAUCUCACCUAUCCCACAGGAGUUACUGAUGAAAUAUAUUCAUUACGCAAGAACGAAAGUCCAUCCCAAACUGCAUCAAAUGGACAUGGAUAAAGUCAGUAAAGUGUACGCAGACUUAAGAAGAGAAAGUAUUUCUACCGGUUCCUUCCCUAUCACAGUCCGUCAUUUGGAAUCUAUUUUAAGAAUCGCAGAGGCCUUUGCGAAGAUGAGACUCUCCGAGUUUGUUUCGUCGUGGGACUUGGAUAGAGCAAUCAAGGUCGUCGUCGACUCCUUUGUCGAUGCGCAAAAGAUAAGUGUACGUCGCCAACUGCACAGGUCGUUCGCCAUUUACACUAUGGGUCAGAACUCGCGUUAUUGA